GUCGACUUCCUCUAAUGAAUCACGAAAGUGUAACGGAAAAUGAGGUGUUAUCUCUUAUUAUAAGCCAGCUUAUUGCAUAUGGAUAUUCAGCGAUAGCGCAAAGUGUAGCUGACGCAACAGGCGCUACAACAGAUAUGAUGCCGAGUUCAAAACUAUCCAGUUUAAUACAAAUUGCAAAAGCAAAACAGGAAGUUACUGAUUCUGAUGAGGAAUAUGCAGGCAAAACCCCUGAUCAUGACUCGAUGAAGGAAGACGAAGACGAACUCCUGCUUAAUACACGAUUUGAAGUGGAGUCAAUGGAAAAUGCACAACCUAAACCUGCACCAGAAUAUAAUCAACUUUAUUUUACACAGCAUAAAGGACCCUGUAGAACAGCGAUCUUUAGUCCAGAUGGUCAAUUUGCAGCUACAGGAUCGCAUGAUACAUCUCUUAAAUUACUCGAUGUACACAAAAUGAAAAAUAGAACCGGGGAUGUUGGUGAUAAGCCUGUUAUCCGAACCCUAUAUGAUCAUACAGAACAAGUCAACGACCUUAGCUUUCACCCAAAUGGCUUGGUGCUUGCUAGCUGCUCCAAAGAUCAAAGCAUUAAGCUGUUUGAUUUAUCCAAGACCGGUGUCAAAAGAGCAUUCAGAUAUCUGCAGGAUGCCCAACCUGUUAAUUCCAUUUCAUUUCAUCCGUCAGGCGAUUUUCUUUUAGCAGGCACAAAAGAUGCAGUCAUUCGUAUAUAUGAUGUGAAGAGCUUACAAUGUUAUACAAACGGCAGCAAUGCGGAUAUUCACCGUGGAUCCAUCACUCAAAUACGCUAUUCUAACUCUGGCAAAAUCUUUGCAUCUUCGUCACUGGAUGGCACAGUGCGUAUUUGGGACAGUGUGUCAUCAAAAUCAAUUAAAGUUCUAGAAAAUGCGCAUAGUGGUGCAGCAGUAUCAAGUGUUAGGAUCACUAAAAAUGAGAAAUACGUACUAACAGCUGGUUUGGACUCAUCAAUGCGCUUAUGGGAAAUUACCAGUGGGAGAUUACUAAUGGAAUACAAGGGACACCAUGAACAGCGUUCAAACCUACUACAGCCUGACUUUGUAUACAAUGAGGGUUAUGUGGUUAUUGGCGAUGAAGCCUCAACAGAUGUAGUUUGCUACGAUACUCAAACUGGCGUUUUAUUAAAGAGAAUUUCGGGUCAGAAUAACAUGGUAAGAUGUGUAGCAGGAUCACCAACUGAUAUGGGUAUAUUGUCUUGCAGUGACGAUUAUCGUGCUCGUUAUUAUAAUACACCUACUGAAGUUUAACUUUUUUGAAUUGAAUAAAAAAGCACUUAUUGGCA